AUGGAACCUCAAAGCAAGAAAUCUAAUGUUCUAGAAACUCCUACAAUGAUGGAGACCAAAUACGAAGAUAUGCUACCAAUUAUGGCGGAGAAGAUGGAUGUUGAAGAGUUCGUGUCAGAGUUAUGUAAAGGUUUCAGUUUGCUAGCGGAUCCAGAGAGAGAUCUGAUCACAGCAGAGAGUCUAAGAAGAAACUCAGGGAUACUUGGGAUCGAAGGAAUGAGCAUGGAAGAUGCAGAAGGAAUGGUUAGAGAAGGAGACCUCGACGGGGAUGGAGCUCUUAACCAAACCGAAUUCUGCGUUCUCAUGGUUCGGUUAAGCCCCGAGAUGAUGGAAGACGCAGAGACUUGGCUCGAGAAAGCAAUCAGCCAAGAACUCUACACUCACAAUCACUCUUCUUCUCUGCCUUGA